AUGCCCAGAUGGGGUCACUAUGGUGUAACCGCUCAGCCCGAUCUGUAUGAACUACGCCCACAGCUUUUGUCCAUUGUCAAACCCAACACCCAACCCCAAACGUUCAACCGCUAUUUGAUAAGACAAUUUGUUAUGGCUGAACGUCUGUUGAAGAAGGAAUGUCUUCCUGCCGGCACACCAAGGUGUCAAUACCAUGGUAAAAUGCAAUGCCUUAGGACUAUCGAGGAUGUAUCUCAUACACAGUAUUCGUAUAUUAUCCUUGACGGGGUAGACAGUCGCACCUUCUAUAGGAAUUUUCGGAAGGGGCGACUGGGCCAUCUUGUGAAAUCAUGCCUGUUGCCCGAUGGGAUAAUUGUUCUCAAUAUCACAAUGGAGACACUUGUGCAUGCAGCUGCGCAGGCAGAGUUCAUGUCUAUGAUCCACAAUUGGUACAGAAACCAGACUGAAGUUCUGACCCAAUCCACGGGUAAUCUGCUUUGGCGAAACCCGCAUGGGAAGAAGCCCGACGGCGCAUGGAUGCCAGACAGCACCGAAACAUAUUGGCCAUCAGUGGUCGUGGAAAUUGGAUGGACUGAAGGACCAAAGAAACUGAGAAAAGACAUUGAAUUUUGGCUAGCAGGAGGAACCAAGGCCGCGAUUUCUCUGAAUAUCACCGCCACUGGUCGAAUGACGCUAGAUGCGUGGAGAAAAAAUGAGAAAGGCAAGGUCGAAUCAUACCAAAAGCUUCAUAUCAACGCACGCGGCUCAGUGACAGGGGAUUUUUCUAUCCCAUUCAACGCAUUCUACCUCCGAGAAAAACUUGAGACAGAGACAGAUCUCAAAGUUACACACCAGAUGUUUUCAGACCUAGCCAAACGAGUGCAGGUUGCAAUCGCAUCACAGCAAGCCGCGAAAGCCGCCGAGAGGGCCGCCGCGGACAACAUUCAAACCUUCUGUCCAAGAUGUCUUUUUCCGGAAAAGCGAGGUAGGUCUGGAUUCGCACACAGUGUCGAUUCCAGUCUGGACAUCCUGUGA